AAAACAAGGGGUGAAGAGAGAAAAUUAAUGUUGCUACAAUUACUUUUUAAAUAUAAGUGAAGAAGAAAAGAAGAAUAAUUUUUUUUUAUUGUUUAUUUUGAUUUUCAAAAAUUUAAAAAUUUAGAUAUGUUUAAGUCGUUUUUCCUUUUAGCAUGUCUAGGGAUUCUUAUAGCGAUCUACUUCAAAGACAUAUUCUUAAUUAUCCAGUACCUAUCCAAACAAACCGAAAAAGCCGAUAAUUUGUAUACAGCUGAAGAAUUGGCAUUUUUUGAUGGUGUUCAGUCACCCCUUUUAUUUUUAUCUAUAUUGGGAAAUGUCUUUAAUGUUACCAAGGGGGCGAAACACUACGGACCGGGGCAGCAAUAUCACUUUUUUGUUGGUAAAGAUGCCUCCCGCAACUUUAUUAGUGGAAACUUUGAGGAUGGGCAAGCCUCAGAUGAUGUCGGAGGCUUGAAACCACAUGAGUUAAAAUCUCUUAACAACUGGCUAAAUUUUUACAAAAAAGAGUACAAAAAAGUCGGUAAAGUCAUAGGCAGGUUUUAUGACAAUUUUGGCCUAAUAACACCAUACCACAAAGGCAUCCGGAGGUUAAUAAGAGAAGCAGAAAAACUUGAAGAUCAAUCCAAAAUGGAAAAACAAAUGUUCCCUCCAUGUAAUGUGGAGUGGAGUCAAGAGAAAGGCAGUCGGGUCUGGUGCACACAAAGGAGUGGGGGCAUUGAGAGGGCCUGGGCAGGCAAACCGAGGCAGUAUUAUGAAGCUGGUACCAAGUCAUUCCGUUGUGCUUGCAUAAGCAAGGAAAAUGAAUCCUUAGGAAAUAUUAAGGAGUAUCCUGGUUGUGAUAUUAACUCAGAUGAAUGUUAUGUUACUUUAUAGAGGUAAAUGUUAUUUUUGUAUAAUUAUUUAUUAAUAAAUAAAGCAUUUAAGUUAGACAAAA